AUGCCGCAACAUUACAUACUUGAAGUAGAGCCGUUUGAUGUGUGGGGUAUUGAUUUCAUGGGACCGUUUCCCUCAUCUUGCGGGAACUUAUAUAUCCUUGUGGCUGUGGACUACGUGACGAAAUGGGUUGAGGUAUUAGCAAGUCCGAAGAACGACUCUAGCACUGUGACAAGGAUGUUCAAACGGACAAUAUUUCCAAGAUUUGGGGUGCCAAGAGUAGUGAUAAGCGAUGGGGGUGCACACUUUGUUAAUAGGAUAAUCCAAACCCUUUUGACAAAGUAUGGUGUCCACCAUAGGAUUGCCACCGCUUAUCAUCCGCAAACGAGUGGACAAGUGGAAGUAUCAAACAGAGAGAUCAAGUCUAUACUUGAGAAGACGGUUGCUAAGUCAAGAAAGAAUUGGUCAUUGAAGCUAGAGGAUGCGGUUUGGACAUACAGGACUGCCUUCAAGACCCCGAUUGGAAUGACCCCUUUUCAGCUUGUGUACGGCAAAGCGUGUCACUUACCCGUGGAAUUGGAACACAAGGCUUACUGGGCCAUCAAGGCUUUGAACUACGAUUGGAAGACGGCAGCGGAGAAACGGGUUCUAGAGCUACACCAUUUAGAGGAAAUUCGGCUAGAUGCUUACGAGAAUGCAAGGAUUUAUAAGGAGAGAGCAAAAAAAUGGCAUGACAGACAUAUCCUCCACCGCACUUUCAAGGAGGAUGAUCAAGUCCUACUUUUCAACUCGCGGUUGCGCCUCUUUCCAGGUAAGUUAAAAUCUCGUUGGUCUGGUCCUUUUAAAGUUAAGAGGGUUACUACUCAUGGUGCUAUCGAGCUCGAUGAUGGAAAGGGAAGUUCUUUCUUGGUUAAUGCUCAGAGAAUUAAACUGUACAACUCAGGAAAUGAACUCGGACCGAGAGGCACCUUAGCCCUCGUGACUCCGUUUCACGAGUGA